AUGGUCAAGUUCAUAGAGUUCGAAGCAGAUGAAAUUAUACAAAAUAUUGAAACUCAAUCAGAAGAUGAAUAUCAUAUGAAAAAGAAGGAGAUGAUACUCAAGGAAAAAAUGGAAAUUAAUCAGUUGUACAACAAAAAGACAAAUCUUAUUAACAGGACAUCAGCAACAAUGAUUACUGAAAAAAUGACCAGUGCCAAGUUUGAAAUAUUGAAUACCAGAGAUAAAUACAUUAAAUCUGUGUUGGCCGAUGUUAACAAAGAACUGUUAAAAAUGCGCAAGCAUAGACUAUGUUACUAUCAAGAAAUACUUAAAAAGUUAAUACUACAGGCAAUGUAUCAAGUUGUAGAACAAGAAGUAUGCUUAAUACUGGUAUCAGACGAUGUGGAAUAUGUGACCUUAAUGAUCCCCAAAUUGAAACAAAUCUAUUUAGCCAACACUGGAAUAAACGUCAAAAUAAACAUUGAUAAAAGUAUUAAAUUACCGACUCAGGAAAUAGGAGGUGUCGUGGUCACGGCUAAAGAUCGAAGGGUACUUGUUGAAAAUACACUUGUAGUGCGAUUGCUCUAUCUCACCCAACAAGCAAUACCGAAAAUAUGCAUUGGACUGUUUGGACCAAAUCCCACUAGAACUUACUUAAGAGAUACAUAA